UGUGACAGAAACAGGUUAUGUUUAUUGUUGACAUUUUUAUAGAAAAUUAUUUUUAUUUUUGCAAUAAUUGUUAUUAAAAUGACUGAUAGCACUGACGAUUCCGAAUUUAAGCUUAUUUAUGAAUUAGCCAAAGAGAAAAUAUUAUUCGGGGAAGAUCUAAAACGUUACAUCGAUGACAAUAAGUUUAUUGACGGGCUUCAAAAACUUGGUAGAAAAAUUAACCAAGAACUAAAAUUUUUGAAAAAAGUAACCAAGAACAGAACAUUAAAAAAGGAGCAUUUACAAUGUUCAAAUCUCACCCAUUUCUCAUCUCUUAUUGAUACUUUAAAGACUGUUGAGAACUCUCAAAGUGUUAAUAAAGUAUUCUUAUUAGAUGAUAGAAAAAUUACUGUAGAUAUUAUCUGUGAUAAUGGCCUUACAUGGAUGAAAGUUAUAGCUCGAAAUCCUAAGUCUUUAAGUCAGAUUUAUAUGGGGAAUUCAGGCUAUGGAGUUCGAAGUAUUGUAGAUCAAGCCUUGGAAUAUAUUGAGUGUGCUAAAUUAUAUCCUUGCUUGUUUCAAACACCUAAGAUUGUUUUUGUAUUUGCCAAUGGCAUUGGAAGUACUUUAGCUACAAAAUUAGAAUAUUAUGGAAUAAUUGUUGAAGGAAAAAGAAUCGAUACUUAUGAUAUUAUAAGUGAUUCAGACAGUGAAGAUGAGAACAGUAUAUUAAAAAAUAGUUUGCACUCCAAUUCUCAAGACUUAUCAACACAAAAUACUGCAAAUAUAAAAAAAAUCAAUUUGGAUGUUUCAGCAAUGUUAGCUUAUUGUUGUUCAGUGGCAAACGGUAGUGCUCAUUUAUAUGACUUUGAUGUACCUGUGCUUAAACAACAAGCCGAAUGGGAAAGACAAAGGCCAGUGAAACCGAUUUUGGACAAUUUUUUUCAGGAUAAAAAAUUAUAUUGUUGUCAAACAGCUAAAGAUAGUUUUGAAAACAUUGUAAACACAGUUGGAGGCCCUACAGAAAAAAAUAGAGCUGCAGAAUUUUUAAAAAGAAUAACAGUACUUCCUGAUGAUGCUACUUAUACUGAUACAAUAAAAGAUAAUGAAGAAACAACAUUUAAGCAAGUACAGUUUACUUCAGACAAAACUUUAUCCGUUGGUGGCAAAAUUCGGCAGAGGUCUCUAAAAAUCUUUAUGUUUGGAGACCAAAUACACGCUGUAACUGUUACAUCAAAUGAUGGUUUUGUCAGAGCUGCAAAACAACAAAACAUCAAUUUUGUUGUGUUUGUUCACGAAUCUAGGGCUUUAACAGAACAAAAAGAAAUGACUAAAGCAAAACCAUUACAAAAAUAAGAUUGUAUUUUUUUCAACAUUUAUAGAAUAAAUAUUUAUUUAUC